AUGGAAGAUCAGCAGCCAAACUAUGAAGCCACCAAAUAUCCAGUAAACAUCCCGCAAUCAAACCAAGUACCAGUUGGACCAGCGAAUCAGGCAUUCAAUGGACAACCUGCCACGCCAAGGAUGUUGCGGAGCGUGAGUGGGACUUUGAGAUCAAAGUCGGAUCUAUUUGCUACAACUUCAAAUGAAAUGAGAAAGGACGCCAGCAACAACGAGUCACCCCAUUAUACUGCUUUAGAUAUUGAAUCCCACAAGCGGAAAUCGAGUUCGCGUCUGGACUCGGUGAACCGGUCGAAUUCAGUGAGCAUGACUCCCAAUAAGCACGAGGAUAAAACUAGACGAGUUGACGCAACAAAUGCUUCUCAUCGGCCAGAACAGUUACUACCACCGAUUGCCAUCCCGUCUCCUGCUUCGACGCCAGUUGGAGUGGCAAAUUCCCAGACGCAACAAUUGUUCCCGGCGCAGUAUCAUAAAAACGACCCUUCUGCAGAGGCGAGUAGAGUUUCUCAAUUGCAUAGUUCACUGCAACAGCUGCAUCAUCAAGCUACUCAAUCACAUAACCAAGUACCCAACCAUUCAUCUCAUCAAAACACGCAUCAGCGCCAGCAAAUGCAAGCACAUCAGGCGCAGCAGGCGCAGCAGGCGCAGCAAGCACAGCAAGCACAGCAGUUUCGUCAGUCACACCAGAGUCAUACAAGACAGCAAAGUUUUGGCCAUCCUCAAGCGCCGUCGCCGUCGCAUAAUCCCCAUCCAUCUCAAUACUCUCAUCAUCAUCAUCAUCAUCAUCAUCCUCAACAACAACAACAACAACAGCAACAGCAGCAACAACAACCACCUCAAAACCACGUCCAACAUUCGCAAACUCAUCAGGCUCAACAAUCACACUCGAAUCAACAACAACAACAACCGCCACAACAACCGCAGCAGCAGCAACAACAACAACAAUUUCACAGAAAAUCCAUCGGAGAUUGGGAUUUUGUCAAAACCAUUGGUGCUGGGUCGAUGGGUAAAGUUAAACUAGCUCAGCACAACACUACACGAGAAAUCUGUGCGGUGAAAAUUAUUCCGCGAGCCGCAAAGCUCUAUCAACGAGCUCAUGCUAAUGACCCGCCCCCGCAAACAUCUCAGGAGGCAGCCCAGAGGCACAAGGAGUUUGAAAAGGAACUAGCAAGAGAUAAGCGUACCAUCCGGGAAGGGGCACUAGGACGGUUGUUGUUCCAUCCGUUCAUUUGCAGAUUGUACGAGAUGGUCCCCAUGACAAACCACUAUUAUAUGCUAUUCGAGUAUAUCGAGGGAGGCCAAAUGUUGGACUACAUUGUCGCUCACGGAUCACUUAAGGAGAGACACGCUCGUAAAUUUGCAAGAGGUAUCGCCUCGGCUUUGGACUAUUGUCAUCGAAAUAACGUCGUGCACCGGGAUUUGAAAAUUGAAAACAUUAUGAUCAACGAAAAAGGGGACGUGAAAAUUAUAGAUUUCGGGUUGUCUAAUCUUUAUGCGCCAAAGCACCUUUUGAAGACCUACUGUGGCUCUUUAUACUUUGCUGCUCCCGAAUUGUUGAGCGCCAAGCCCUAUAUUGGACCCGAGGUUGACAUUUGGUCCUUUGGAGUUGUGCUAUAUGUUUUGGUUUGUGGCAAAGUCCCAUUUGACGACCAGUCUGUGUCCGUUUUGCACGAGAAGAUUAAAAAGGGAAAUGUCGAGUAUCCCAGUUUCCUCUCGCGGGAGUGCAUUUCCCUCCUCUCGAGAAUGUUGGUGGUUGAUCCAACAAAGAGGGCAUCCUUGUACGAGAUAUGCUCCCAUCCAUGGCUAAACAAAGGCUAUGAUCAUAAAAUAUCAAACUACCUACCACGCAGAGAACCAUUGCGUUUGCCUUUAGACCCAGACGUCAUCAAACAGAUUGCCGCGUUUGACUUGGGUUCAGUCCAAACUGUCACUGAAGAGCUAACGAGCAUUCUUUUGAGUGUGGAGUACCAGAUGAGCUGCGAGAAUUGGUACAACAUGAUGAGACAGGGUAAGGAGUACGCGUCUGCGUCAAAUUCAAACAUCUUGCCAGAUCCAACGGGAGGGUUCCACCCUUUGGUCUCGAUUUACUACUUGGUGCUUGAGAUGAGAAAGAGAAAGAAGAUGAAGGAGGAUGCCAUUAGAGCUCAAAUUGCUCAGCAGGAGCACCAGCGGAUGUUGCUUGAACAGCAGCAGCAGAAGCAGCUCCAGUUGCAGGAGAAGGCAUAUACAUCAUAUCCAACCCCUCAAGAAGAUGCUAGCUACAACACCCCCAAGACGACCAAGUCGCCAGUGUUGGUGAACAACAAUCGAAGUCCAGAAGUCGCCACCCAGGUGGCUAUAUUGGGCGAGUACAACCUUUCAAAACCUCAGACUCCAAAUGUACCACAACCAAGAAUUGUGGAAACUGCUGCAGCGACGGUGACGGCGGCGGCGGCGGCGGCGUCUUCCUCUUCUUCUUCUCCUUCCAAGACUUUAGAUCCAAAGAGAGAUUACAAGAAACUGAUUUCCAUAAUCACGACUCCGCCUGUGAUUGCAGUGCCCGAACAAGCGCACACGUCGCCGGCGCCUUCUGGAUUCAGUGUGAACCGAACCGAAUCCUCCGAUAGACCAGAUCUGCUAUUACCAGAACAACAACCUACGAGUCCAAGAAGUACACCACCAACAGAAACGUUGGAUCCCAAGAAUAUUGGUGUCGGUCCUGGUCCUGGUCCUGGUACUGGUGCAGGUGCAGGUGCAGGUGCAGGUGCAGGUGCAGGCGCUGGCACCGGUUUCAACAAUUUGUUUCGAAAAUUGUCCACCAAGAAAGGCAAGAGUCCCGGUUCACCUCGUCACUCACUGCGGCCUAGUUACGAGACAGCUAGAGAAAAGCCCCCAUUUCCUCCUCAGAACACCAACAAUUCAACGGGGGACCCAAUGGUGCGCCGAGGUGUUAGUAUGAAGGUCACUGCAAAGGAAAAAGAGACAAGCUUGAGGCUGUCGCCUUUGAAAACGGAGAGGCCAAGAGAGCGGAGGGUUCCCGGUCACGUUAGAGCACCAUCGGCUAGCGCACAAGGCAAAGCUCAUGGCUUUACUCCCGUUGAGCUCUUGCCACCAUUACCUAAUUAUGAUCCCAGCACCAACACUUUAAUUCAGGAUACGGAUAAGCAAAACGAGUUGGCAGUGCCACCUCGCCAGAUGCAUCCUACAGCCCGGGCCAAAUCAGUUGGAGGCCAGCUCAGAAGAGACACCUUCCGUGCUCGAAGCAACACGGCGAACCAACAGCCACCCCUUGAAGGGUUGGGAAUUCAACAGGAUGAGGAUAUCACUGAUCAGCACGGAGAAAACGGCUUGGCGUUCUUUGAUGAUGUGAAAUUGGACGACUACGAAUGGCAAGAUAUCCCUCAACUUACUGAUGAAGAGGUGAUGAAAGAAUACAGUACCGCCAAACCUGGCUCGAUGCCUUCGAUCGAACAUUGCAAGACCUUAUUCUUGAAAGGGUUCUUUAGCGUGCAAACCACGUCUGCCAAGCCUCUACCCGUUAUUCGGUACAAUAUUAUCAAUGUUUUGAGCAAAUUGGGUGUCAGAUUCCAGGAAGUCAAGGGCGGAUUCAUUUGCGUGCACACGCCAUCAGUCCAGCAAGAGUAUGAAGCAGACGAUAUCUUGGACGAGUACACGCAGGACUAUGAGGAAAAUGAAGAAGAGAAAAAAUUGUACGGCGACGCGUUCAAGUCCAAGUCUUCUACAUUGAAGUCAAACUCAUUUGAGAAUGAAAAACAGAUACCAGAGGGAGCGAAAACCCCAAGCCGCCAGCCUUCCUUGCAUGGCCCAACUAGUCCCUUAUCGCCAACUCCCGGCACUGGUGGAGGCAAGAUGCAAAGAUCGUCGAACUCAAUAGGAGAUGGCCACAGACGAAAGAUUUCCAUUGGCAACACGUUUCUCAAUACAUAUAGAAAAAAGAAUAAUUCUCAAGUGAUGAUGCCUCCCAACACGCCAGCUACCGCCAAGACCGUGCGCGGAUUAUACGAGGAUGAGCCAGGGGCUAGCGGCGCCGGCAAUAAUAACCACGAUUUGGAAUUUGAAGAUGACGCCUUGGAAUUUGGAAACUCUGCCGAGUCGUUAAGCGGCUAUGGUGGUGGAAGCGACAUGUUGAUUUCUUCCAAGAUUGAGCAUAGGGCUCAAGGAGCUCACCAUCAACGGCAAAUGAGUGCAUCGUCGGCUUCAAAACUGCAAAGCAAGUCGCCGUUGAAGUUUGAAAUUCAUAUUGUCAAAGUGCCGCUUGUUGGGUUAUAUGGUGUGCAAUUUAAGAAACUUUUAGGUAACACGUGGAAUUACAAGACAUUAGCUGGUCAAAUUUUGAACGAAAUGAAUUUGUAA